AUGUCCUCCUUUGCCGCCUCAGCAAAUCUAUCGACAGAAACCGCAAAUAGCAGCUUGCUUCGAUCAGGCCUGAAUAUCAGCGUGGGCGACACCAAAUCCAUUGUGCUUGCUUUGCAGGCUCUACAGGGAAAAAUACGUGCUCUUGAGCAAGACCGAGACCUUCAUAGGGAUCAAUAUGAACGAAUUCUUCAGGCACAUGAGGCUUACAAGAUCGAUAUGGAGCACCAAUUAGAGCGCGAGCGCGCUGCCCAUCGCCGCCGCGAAGAAGAGCUUCAAGAGCUACUACACAAGGCUCACGAAGAGAAGUCUCGAAUGGAAGGCACCUUGAGUGGGAAUCAGGGUGACUUGUCUGCAUUUAGAAAAGAAAUUGAGGAUAUGAUUGAAUCUGAGAAAAAUAUGGCGAGACAACGAGAGCUGAAACUCCAGACUGAGAUCAACCGUCUCCAGCAGGAAAUCACUGAGGAGCGGGCUAGAUAUAACACCUUGCUGAGUAAUGUAGAGAAACUUAAGGGGGAGCGCAACACUAUUGAGGAAAUCAACCUCAACUUGCGGAACGCUAUUUACGAGCUGCAGAAUCAGCCGCACAGCAAACAGCAGCAGCGGCAACCCGCGAGGGCUCCGAACACGCGUCGUGGGAAACCACCCGGUGUGUAUGCCGGGGUCCCCAAGGAGUCCGCUAGGCAUAUCGCGAGGGGCUACUCAUUUCACUAUGGUGGGUACCAAGAGCCCACCUGUAAUUCACGGCUACGGGAUGCCCGAAAUGCGUUUGAGGAAGGUUCCUGUGUCUGUGGAAGGGCCUAUCUAGCGGGGGAUAGCUCUGUGAACACACCCAGGAAUAAUCCAUCCGUCGCGGGUCAUCUGUCUCAAAGGCAAGGACGAAGCUCUUCGACGCACUCCCGCGUUCGGAUUAUCUCGCGCGAUGCCUCGGUGCUUCCCCCACACCCCUCAUCUUGUAGGAAGCCCUCUCCUUCACCAAGCGCUCGUACAUGUGGGCCCGUGCCGCAUCGCAGUUCAGACGGCGGCGGUGUCAGCCCUGCGUCUCCAAGCUACAAUUAUAACACAGCCACCAACAGCGGCGCCCGAAAAGGAAGCAUAAGUAUAGAUGAAGUCGAAAAGCAGAUCGAUGAGGAGUUGGAGGAGUUGCAGAGGGAGUACCAAAGUACUAUUUCUCGUGCCAAUGCCGAGAAGCUUCCGCGCCAUGUCGUUAAUGAGGCUUUGAAAAGAAUUUCAUCGCACAUUGAUAGAAAGAUGGAACAAGUGGACUUGUUGCGGGCUGCACGUCGCGAACUUGGACCCCCCCGAGCAUCAACUGCUGUUGGCAAUGGAACCAGUACUGAGCAUGUUAUUGCAGGCAAGCAGGUGCAGCGCAAUCGUCUUGUGAAUGAGCUGCGUUCUAUGCUAGCACAGUCUGCUGAGAGGCAGUAA